CAUCCUUCCCCGACCAAACCGAGCCAAAUUUGCUAAAGUGGGGAAAAAAGGACUAGAACUGUCGUGUGCAUCCCCCGGCCCACCUACCGCCGGGGUUCCGAAUGCUACACUGCUAGCACAUUUCGUUGAGCACACCGUGGGAUUUACCAUGAAGUCUUGCGUGUCGUUCCUGGUGCUCGUCGUGCUGUUUGGCGCUCCUUCUGCAGCUUCGUCCACUAUGGAGGCUGGAGACGAGAACGGGACGACACCCAACAUUGAGUAAGCCGCUCCAAAGGCAAAUGUCAACUCGGAGUACAUCGCUGUUUCCAUUGUUCGAGCAGCCUCCAAUUGUUCGACGACGUCACAGAGGCGGCGGGACUCACGAGUAUCAAGGCAUUAUAUGUGUCAUGGGGCUCGUCAUGGGGUGACAUGGAUGGCGAUGGUGAUCCUGAUCUCUGGGUCAGCAACCAUUAUUCACGGCCUGUACUCUACGAAAACUUGGGGGACGGCACGUUUCGCAACGUUCGUAAGCAGAGGUUGGGAAAGAUGUACGGGGACCUUCACACGGCCAGUUGGGUGGAUUUCGACAACGACGGCGAUCAGGAUCUGGUUGUGCUACAUGGUGGGAGAAGGGCAACCGGCAAGGAAGACAAUCAGGUGUUUGUCAACGACGGCAGUGGCCAUUUCAGUGAGCGCGCCGAGCAGCUCGGCUUGACGCAUGGAUGGGCCCGAGGAAGAGCACCUUUGUGGUUCGAUUCCAAUGAUGACGGCCGUCUGGAUGUGCUUUUCACGGCUCUUCUACGUCCCGACGGGCGCGACUACACGCGUUUCUUCAGACAGAAGACAGAUGGGACGUUUGUCCCGGACGAGUCAGCAGGCUACGACACCCCUAAAUCUCCAGUGACAAUGGCAUAUUUGACGGAUGUCAAUGGUGACCAAAAGCUUGACGUUGUCGAAGCAUCGUACUGGAGAUUUCCUAUUGCUGUGUUUGACACGAUGGAUCCGACGGCUGCUCAACGUAUGAAGCCACCUUUUUUGGCGAAACCUGUCAAGGACGUGGCCUUUGCAGACUUGAAUGGUGAUGCUUUUAUUGACGCAAUCGUGCCACCUUACGUUAGAAGGAAUAUUGUGAUCCAGCGCAACGAAAGUCGGGUCGAAUUUCACAUGCCCAGCGUUGCCGAGGAAAUCGGUAUUGAUGUCCGGACUGAAGGAGCGCUGACGAUCCAGUUUCAGUGGAAGCAGAGGGUUCUAAUCGGCUCCAAUGGAUAUCCUAAGACCUUCGGAAAUCUUGAUCCUGAGUUUAAUCGGCAUUAUCGGCUCCUUGGUGGCAUUACCAAUGCUGAAGAUGUGUUUUCUCUCGACCCUGCAGAUGCAAAAAACCAGGGCAUAGCCCGUCACACACCCGGUGUGGACAAUGGGAUAUACAUUGGCUACUUUCCAUCAGAGGGAACUUGGCGGGUGCUGAACAGCGGCAAUCCAUCCCGCCGAAUAUCUGGCAUUUUAUCAUCGUCGCAGAAGAUCACAUCCCUCGGACGCAUCGGCUUCUCAAGCCAUCCGAAGGGUGGUGCACGUAUCUUCAUAUGGAACCCAAAGGAGAGUCGGUAUGAUGAGAAGACAUACAAGUCAGGUUUAAGCGCUGCCGGUGAUUUCGGGUCGGAAUCAAUCGUGGCGGGAGAUUUCGAUAACGACUGUGACGUCGACUUUUACGUUGUCACGACGACUACUCUUGAGAACACCCCAAAUCGAUUGUAUCUCAACGACGGUACUGGAAAUUUUGUCCUGUCACCUAACGCAGGGGGAGCAGCUGGUACGUCGACCGGUAUCGGGGAUGCAGUCACUGCCGCCGAUUACGACUGCGACGGAGCUCUCGACAUGUUUGUUGCGAACGGUGGGGGAACGGGGCGAAACAGAGUGGCUUUCAAGGUGGGUGAGGGGAAAGACCAGCUCUUUCGCAACCGCGGGAACAGCAAUGGAUGGCUGGAGAUUGAUCUCGAAGGCACUGCAUCGAACCGCGACGGAAUUGGUGCAACCGUGUUUGUGGAGGUCGGCGGGAAAACCCAAGUUCGCGAGCGUGGCAACGGAAUGCACUCUCGAAGUCAGGACCACGCACGUUUGCACUUUGGUCUCGGGACGGCCAACUCAGUUGACCGUCUGACAGUUCGCUGGCCGAGUGGCCAAAUUGACGUCAUCAAGAACAUUGCGGCCAACCGAGCGAUUCGGGUGAAGGAGGGUGGCACAAUACAUACGGUUUGCGAAUAAGCGGAUCCGUUGGAUAUACGUGGCAGGGAUCGACUUGUGUGAAAGGACGGACUGAUGCAUGACAGCGAACAGCCUACCCUCCUUGGCGAGUUGAGGUGGAGUAGGCUGAUGCCGUCUAAAGGGAUGUUAGGGCUCGGUGAUUUUCCUAAGCAAUAUGGAUACGUGUGGCUGGGUGAUGGCAACAUGUCGCGUGCAUUGUGUGCGUGAAGUGAGGAAGUUCCUUUGUCAUGGUGUGAGUCCCAGCCUGAGAAGAGGGCGGCCAUGCAUGUGUGAAAGACGUGUCAGCAUGGGACGAAGGACGCGCAAGGUGCAGAGAACAACACAUACUCUCAUGGACGGGGCUCAAUCUGUCACAGAUGAGCCCACGUGUGUAUCUGAAGG